AAAAAAAGCAAAAUUGGAAUCGCAAUCCGAAGAAGACAACUUGUUGUCUAGCCUUCUGGGAAACGCCAAAAAAAAAGAGGAAGAACAAUUAAUUUCUUGCAAUUGAAGGUACCUUUAAUCUUCGCCGUCUCUCUUUGGUUUCUUCUCCGUAAAAUCCAAAACCCAUCUCCCAACUUCCUUUGUCUGUUCGUCUUCUGAAGUCUGGAGAAAGAGAACAAACCCUAGUAACAAAGUUUGGUCUUUUGCUUUAAUGGAUCGCGGUUCUGUGGCUGCUGAGUCCUCGCCGUCUACAGCGACUGCGCCGAGUACUGCCGUGGCGGCUACGGCGCUUGCUCCCGGGUUCCGAUUUCAUCCCACUGACGAGGAGCUCGUGAGCUAUUACUUGAAGCGAAAGGUUCUGGGUAGACCAGUGCGGUUCGAUGCGAUUGGGGAUGCCGAUAUCUACAAGUACGAGCCUUGGGACUUAGCAGUGUUUUCGAGGUUGAAGACAAGGGACCAAGAAUGGUACUUCUACUGCGCGUUAGACAAGAAGUACGGCAACGGCGCUAGAAUGAACCGAUCCACCAACAUAGGCUACUGGAAAGCCACCGGAAAAGACAGAGAAAUCCGCCGCGGCGAUCAGAUCCUCGGUAUGAAGAAGACGCUCGUUUUCCACAGCGGGCGUGCCCCGGAUGGGCUCCGGACCAACUGGGUCAUGCACGAGUAUCGCCUUGUGGACUAUGAAACCGAAAGCAACGGAAACUUGGUGCAAGAUGCAUAUGUGUUGGUCAAAGUGUUCCACAAGAAGAACAUUGGACCACCAAGUGCGAACAGAUAUGCGCCGUUCAUUGAAGAGGAGUGGGCUGAUGAUGGAGUAGUUAGAGUCAGGGCAGAGCCGUUACCAGUAGCCAAUGGAAACAACCAGAUGGGCCAGUCAGAAAGCAAGGAGCUUAUUAACAUCAACGAGACACCAAGAGAGGCUACUCCAAUGGAUAUGGAAGUUAACCAUCAGGAGAAUGCUCUCAAGCCGCAGGAGAAUAACAACAACAACAAUAACAAUUGUGAUGAAGAUGAGAAAGCACUCAAACGUGAGCACGCAGAUGAGGUUGAGCGUCCUCCUCCUCCUCCGUUACCUCUCCUCCAAUACAAACGCAGACGCCAAAACGAAUCCAACAACAAAAACUCAAGCAGGACCACACCGGAGUCGUCCACAACAACAACCUUAAUCUCAUCAUCUGCUGCUGCCACCAGCACCGCCAUCUCUGCAUUGCUUGAGUUCUCCCUCAUGGACAUCUCCGAGAAGAAACCUCUUCACAAGGAAGGUUCUCCUCCUACUCCACUUCCAUCUCUUGAAGAGAAGAUGCUUAACGAUCUCUAUAAGGAGAUUCACGAGAUGUCUGUUGAGAGACAGACUUUCAAGCUUGAGAUGAUGAGUGCAGAGGCUAUGAUCAGUAUUCUCCAGUCCAGGAUCGAUGCACUUCGCCAGGAAAACGAUGAGCUGAAGAAGAACAGCGACAAGGGACAAGGAACGCUCUAAAAAACAUAACUCUAGGAAUGGGAAGAUAAUGAACGACUUGAGAGGAGACAUGACAAGACUACAGCAAGGAAUGAGAUAUAUGCAGAGAUGACUUCAGAAACUUGUAAUGACUAUGCAGUCUUAGCUGCAGCGUUUGGUUCAGACAAGAGGUCUCUGCAGCUUUAAACCGAUCGAUCAUCCGGUGACCAAGGUUUUUUUUUAUUUGUGCAUACAGAUUCACCAUUUCAUGAUUAAUAUAACUAAUAUUGUGUUAAAAAUUAGUUAAUUACAUACUUAUGCAUGGUUCAUUGAUCUAUAUAGAAAUAGUAAUAAUAUCUUCGACGAAGUUGUUUAGCUU